AUGCUCUCCUUUGUCCCUCGUGCCGUAUCUGCACCGCGCGCCGCGCGUGCCAUGUCCACCAUCGUGCGCAGCGAGCUGCCACCCGUCCUCCGUCGCGCCAUGCUGUAUGGGCUGCUCGUCCGCACGGCACAGCUAACCUCUGUCCCCGGCUCGAACCCGCGCAUGAUUGAGAAGUCGCUGUCCUCGCCCGCCGACUCGGUCGCCUACGACCUCGAGGACGCUGUCGCACCCUCCGCCAAGCCCGAGGCGCGCCGCCUUGUAGCCGAGCUGCUAGACAGCGACCGCCGCCCUGCUGGCGAGGUCGUCGCGCGCAUCAAUGCUGUCGGCACUGGAUUCGAGGUGGACGACCUCGACACAAUCCUGCGCGCGCGGCACGUUCAAGCGAUCGCGCUGCCCAAGACCAACGACCCCGAGCACCUCGAGUGGGUCGUGUCGCGCAUUCAGGCACUCUGUCCGCCCGAUAAGCAGGCCGGGCGGGAGAACGCCGUCCGCAUCAUCGGGAUGAUUGAGAGCGCAGAGGCCAUGCUGCGCAUCCACGAGAUCGCCGCUGCUGCACGGGGACACCUCGACGCGCUGCUGUUUGCUGCUGAAGACUACUGUGCUGACGUGGGUAUUGUGCGCACUCCCGGGCGCAGCGAACUGCUGUAUCCGCGGGCCAAGCUCGUUACUACCGCUCGCGCGUUUGGUCUCGGCUCGCUCGACCUCGUGUGUGUCAACUUCAAGGACCCUGAAGCACUGCGCAUCGAGAGCGAGGAGGGCAUGCGGCUGGGAUUCACUGGCAAGCAAGCAAUUCACCCUGCCCAAAUCGAUGUCAUCCAGGCGGCGUACGCGCCGUCUGAGGCCGCUAUUCGUAAGGCCGCCCGAGUCAAGUUCAGCUUUGAGCUGCAUGACUCAAAGGGUACCGGCGCUUACGCGCUUGACGGUGUCAUGAUCGAUGCGCCAGUGUACAAGCAGGCGCAGAACACACUGCGUCUUGCCCAGGCCGCCGGGCUACCCAUUCCCAACAUCACUGAGAAGGACAUCAGCUAG